AUGAGUACAGCAUCGGUGAGCAGUAAGAAACAAACCCAACCUCAGACACAACGGCAACGUCGUCAAAAGCAACAACAACAACAACAACAACAGCAACAACAACAACAACAGCACCAGAAUCAGAAUCAGAUCCAGUCAUCUCCUUCGCAUUACAAUGAAACACCGCGUGUUACCAGCGGCGGUGUUUACCCUUAUUCUACUGCAAAUAUAAAUGGUGCAGGCACCACCCCUUUAUAUUCGCAUUUGCAGGAAAGAAACCCAUCAGCGUCAUAUGUACCUACCACUAACAAUCCCUCAGAUGGAGAAAGAUGGCAUCAAGGACAACAAACUAAAUCUGAACCUCACCACGGACCCCAACCACCAGUUUACCAUCAAUACCCACCACAAUCAGCCUAUCUUUCUCAGGAUAUCUUUAAUCCUAAUCAACAACAACCACAACAGCAACCACCACAGCAACAACCACCACAGCAACAACCACAGCAGCAACAACCACAGCACCAUCACUCCGGCGCAAUGGCUCCCCCUCCUCCAGGACAGCCGUACCCUGGACAAGACCCCAAUUACCAAUCAGGACCUGACCCCCAACGUCAGGGUCAACAUCCACAUCAAUGGGGCCCUUACCCUCCCAAUCCAAAUCAGCAGUACUUCCCGCAGCCGCCUCAACAACAACCACCACCACAACAAAAGCAACCUCACAUACCUCAAGGGGACAAUGGUCAACCCGUACGACAAAAGAAGAAACCCGGUAGAAAACCCCGUGCAAAAAAGGAUGAGGCACCAGUAAAUGAUUAUCCGUAUGGUAAUCCGCAAGUUACCAAUAAUGUGGUACCAGCGGUGCAACUUCCACCCAAUUCGAUCCCUCAUCCAUAUCAUCAGCACAACCCCAAUAUUCCUGUUUCUGCUGGUGCCGCCCCUACUAAUGACAAUAAUGCCAAACAUGUAACACGCAGAUCACGUAUGGGAUGUCUUACUUGUCGUCAGCGUAAAAAGAGGUGUUGUGAAUCGAAACCAAAAUGUACCGAGUGUGGUAGGUUAGGGUUGAAUUGUGUGUGGCCUAGACCAGGAACUGAACACAAGAAUAAGCCAAAAGAUCAAAAAGAAGAUGAAAAUACUAUUGACCAUGAAAUUUAUGGUAGAAUUAAGGUAUUGCGAGGAAUAGUUGAGUACAGGUCUCAAUGA